AUGUCGAGCGGUACACCGACACCGCUGCCCUCAUCAAGAACCUCGGAACAUCGAGGCUCCAAGACAAAACGAGGGCACAGAAAAUCGAGAACGGGAUGUCAGACCUGUAAGCUAAGACGCAUCAAAUGUGGAGAAGAGAAACCUAUUUGCGCUCACUGCGAGAGACGAGGUGAAGAAUGCCACUAUACUGUCCCGAUCCAUAUCAGGCACCACGCCACGCCAGUUACCUCGCCGCCAUCUGCAACGGCGCCAAGUCUUGGUUUAUUAGACCUGGAGCUCAUGCAUAACUUCUGCACGUCGACUUAUGCAACGCUCAGCAACGAUGUGGCAGUCCGAGAUCUCUGGCGAGUCCGCAUUGUGAGGCUUUGUCUCAAAUGUGACUAUGCCAUGCUGGCAAUCCUGUCUGUCUCAGCACUCCACCUAAGCCACUUCUCAACGGAACGAAAGGAGCUCCUCCGCGAAAGGGCUAUUGUGUAUCACAACCAGGCACUCAGCAUCGCAGCUCCAUUCAUCGACGCCUACGACAACGCCAACGCUCAAGAGCUCUUUGCAUUUUCCAUCUUGACUAUCUACUACUCGUUCGCACAAACCCCACAGAAAGAAGACGGCCCAUAUCCUCCUUGGGUGGUUUUGAUCAACGGGUGCGCAAGCUUUGCCUCGUUGGGCGACAGCACGCUCUCCCUCGGCCCUUUCUCAGCCCUUCUAUCCAAGGCGCGCAGACGGUUCAAAAUCAGGGAGCGUGUCUUCGAAAUAGACUAUGUGCAACAGCUCAAGGCCUUCAUCGAUGAGACGAUUACAGAUCCAGUACAGCGCUCUAUCUACCAAGAUACGCUUCGCGCGUUGAACCAGACGUAUGGUGUUUUCUAUGAGACGGAUGGUGAUAAAGACUUGGUCGACAUCUUUUCUUGGACUGUCCCAGCCAAGGCCUUCUUCGAGUUUGUGGCGGAAGAAGAACCGGAAGCCCUUGUUGUCCUUUCUUACUUCUGUGUCUUGUUGCACAAAUUGCCUAGUCAAUGGUGGCUGAGCGGUUGGGUCAGUCAUAUUAUGGCGCGAAUAUAUGCUUCUGUUGGAGAGAAGUAUCUGCCCUAUUUAGUAUGGCCCAUGGAGGAGAUUGGUUGUUUGCCGAAGAAUUAAGAUUUGUUCAUGCUUACACAUGCGUAAUAUCCCUUGCCAGGGCCACGGGGACGAGGUAACGAA